AUGGCUCAACUAUGCGAAGCCAGUACCAUAUUAAAACGCUUGAGUGAACGUUUAUGUCAGUAUAGUGAUUGUCAACAACCUGAUAUUGAAUCACUGAAACAAAUCGUUGAUAGUCCAUUAUUUCGAACAUUAUAUAACUUACAAGAUUCGUUUCAACAACUAAAAAUUGAACUUGAUAAAGGAAAUCCCACGAUAAGAAAUUGUCUAUUCGAUUUUGAUAUUGAAGGUCAUCUGAACUAUUUAAAUAAGAAAAUCACGAGUCAAAAUAUCAAGAAUAACAAACGCUUAGCGAAUGAUAAUAUUGUUCGAAAAGUUGUUCUGAAUAAACAAACAUCGAGUGAUUCAUUAGGAUUUAGUAUUAUCGGUAGAAAACAUCGUUUAUUUGGUAUUAAUGGAAUUUUUACUCAAAAUAUCCAAGCCAAUAGCCUUGCUGAUCUAAAUGGUCAACUACGUGUAGGUGAUCAAAUCGUGUGCAUUAACGAUACUUAUUUAAACUCGCAAGAUACUGCACUUGUUAGUCGCGCUCAACAACUGCUUACUGAUCCAGCCCAUCUAUCCAUCGAGCUUGUGGUUAUUAGUCCAGCUGCAGAUUAUCCUCAUGCGGCUGUGUCAACGUCGGCUAACGAUGGACACAGCUGUGUUCCAACACCGUCGACGCCUGCUCACGUCGACAUGGUGCUAAAUACAUUGUGGACACAAAUCGAAGUUGUCGAAUUAAGUAACGACGGGUCCGGCCUUGGCUUUGGCAUUACAGGCAACAAGUCAACAGGUGUCGUUGUCAAAGCAAUCGUACCUGGCUCGACCGUCGACAAGGAUGGCCGUAUCCGUACGGGUGAUCAUAUAUUUCAAAUCAAUCAUGUUUCUGUACGUGGUAUGAGUUCCGAACAAGUAGCUAGUAUACUUCGGCAGAGUUCUCAACAAGUUCGUCUUGUUGUGGCUCGAAGUGUACGUGAGCCAACAUCAACGGAGACAGCGAUGAAUACCCCGCCAUUAAUGUCACAGCGUGCAUCAUUAACAUCGGAAACAUUAAAUCGAACAACUAAUCUCAGUGAUUCAUUAUCUACUCGACCAUCAUUAGGGACAAUUAGUGACAACGAUGGAAUACUAAAUAGUUCGCCAAACAAGGUCUUGCUUCGAACUGAACGUUUAUUAGAAAAUAAUUAUAAUUUUGAAAAGCUUCUGGAAAAUCUUCGUGAACAGGUUGGUGACGAUAAUUUUUUUUUCCAUUUUUUUUUGCAUAUUCUAUUGACAUUAUGA